AUGUUCAAGGGAACUCAUGAUCCUGAUGGCGCAUUGACAUGGAUAAAGGAGAUUGAGAGAAUCUUCCGUGUGAUGGAUUGUACUCCAGACCAGAAGAUUCGGUAUGGGACUCAUAAGCUAGUAGUUGAGGCGGAUGACUGGUGGCUAGAUACUCGUCAGAGGUUGGAGAUUUUAGGUGAGGGGAUCACUUGGGUUGUGUUCCGUAGGGAGUUUUUGAGGAAGUACUUUCCGGAGGAUGUCCGUGGAAAGAAGGAAAUCGAAUUCCUUGAGUUGAGGCGAGGGAAUAAGUCGGUUGUGGAGUAUGCUUCUAAGUUUGGAGAGUUGGCUAAGUUCUACCAACAUUAUGAUGGACUGGAUGGUGAAUUUUCAAAGUGUAUAAAGUUUGAGAAUGGAUUGCGCCCGAAGAUUAAGAAGGCGAUUAGUUACCAGAAGAUCCUUAAAAUACAAUCUAUUAAACAUAUAGGACGAUAUUCAAUUAUGCAUUGCAGAUUUCGGUGUCUUCGAAUCAGACCUAUGAACGAAGCUGAAAUGGCCUUUGGAAGCUGA